AUCAGAGGUUAGAGGUCAUCGGAAGCCAGGGGGCGUUCCCAAUGACGGCGGGGCGGGGUUAAGCAGGCGGUAUAAAAGCGUGUCCCGGCGCGGGGGAUACGAUCUGCCAUCUUCUCCCCUCACUCCUGUGGUUGUCAUUAGUGAUUCUGUCAUCAUGGCCGAAGAGACACCGACCGUGCCGGCCCCGGAAGAGAAGAUGGAAGAAGCUCCUGCACCUUCAACAUCUGUUGAGCAAGCUGAUGGGGAGGAUGUGGAUGCUAAAGCCAAGCUUCUCAUGGGAGAGGGUCACAAGCAUCUGGUCUUGAAGGACGUCCGCUCUGCCGUCAAUGCUUUCCAGGAAGCCAGUAGCCUUCUAGGGAAGAAGUACGGGGAGACUGCCGAUCAGUGUGCAGAUGCCUUCUACUACUAUGGAAUGGCUCUCCUGGACCUCGCACGAAUGGAAAACAAUGUCCUGGGUAACGCUCUGGAAGGAAUGCCAGAAGGGGAAGAUGAAGAAUGUGAGAAGGAAGACCCCAACAUCCCCAGUGCUGCCAACCUUGAUGAGAAAGAAAGGGAGCAGUUAAGAGAGCAGGUUUAUGAGGCCAUGGCAGAGGACAAAUCUGAGAAGCAGAAUGGUGAAGACUCCAAAGAGCCAAAGGCUGAAGAGCCUAAAGACAAUGAGAUGGAGUGUGAGAAAUCCUCUGAAGCUGAGGAGACUAAGGACAAGCCAUGUGAGACAUCCUCUGAAGCUGAAACUAAGGAGAAAUCCUCUGAAGCUGAGACCAAGGAGAAAUCCUCUGAAGCGGAGACCAAGGAGAAGCCAUGUGAAAAAUCCUCUGAUGCUGAGACCAAGAAGCCAUGUGAGAAAUCCUCUGAAGCUGAGACCAAGGAGAAAUCCUCUGAAGCUGAGACCAAGAAGCCAUGUGAAAAAUCCUCUGAAGCUGAGACCAAGGAGAAAUCCUCUGAAGCUGAGACCAAGAAGCCAUGUGAAAAAUCCUCUGAAGCAGAAACCAAGGAGAAGCCAUGUGAGAAAUCCGCUGAACCUGAGCAGACAAAGAAUUCAGAAGGUAAUGCUGAGGCAGAGAAAUCCACUGAAGCAGAAGCUAAACCAGAGUCCACCUCAGAAGCUGUGAGUAAAGAAAAUGGCACAACAGAAGCUACAGGUGAAGAGAAGAGUAAGACUGAAGAAGCUACAGAGAAGAGCAAAACAGAAGUAGAAGCUGAUUCUACACAAGAACCUGAAGAGAAGCCCAAAGGAGUCAAAGACUCAGAAGCCAAACCUGAGGAAGCUGGUGCCCCUGAAGAGAAAGCUAGAAGUGAUGAGGAAGAGCCAAUGGAAGGGGAAGAAGAGGAAGAAUGUGCAGAGUCUGACAAUGAAGAGACUGAGGAAAAGGAAAACUCUGAGGAUGAAGUUGACAAUCUACAAAUUGCCUGGGAGAUGCUGGAUUUGGCAAAGGUCAUAUUUAAAAGGCAGCAGGGCAAGGAGGAACAGCUGAAGGCAGCUCAGGCUCAUCUAAAGCUGGGAGAAGUGAGCAUUGAGUCAGAGAACUACACCCAAGCUGUGGAAGACUUCAUGUCAUGUCUCAACAUCCAGAAGGAGCAUCUAGAAGAACAUGACCGACUGCUUGCAGAGACUCACUACCAGCUGGGCCUGGCCAACCACUACAACAGCAAACAUGAGGAUGCAAUCUCUCACUUCACACAGUCAAUUGAUGUGAUAGAGAAGAGAUUGGUUCUCCUGUCAGAACAACUAGAAAAGGCUGCAGUGGAGACAAAAGAGGAGACUCAGAAGGAAAUGGAAGAACUGAAGGGACUCUUGCCUGAUAUCAAGGAGAAGAUUGAAGACUCUAAAGAAGCACAAAAAACAGCAGAAGACACAAACAAAGCACUUAAGGAGACUCUGGGUGGAACAUCGUCUUCUGGUUUUCCACAAGAGAAUGGAGGCACUUCCAAAUCUACUGCCACAGUAGAGAAGAGCAGCGGGGACAGCACUGUACCAGUAUCCAACUGUGUAUCGGACAUCUCUCAUCUAGUACGGAAGAAGAGGAAACCUGAAGAGGAGAGCCCACUGAAAGAAGCCAAGAAACCAAAGUCUGAGCCUGUGGAGAAUGGAUCUGGGAAUGGGGAUGCUGUAGUACCUACAAAUGAGCAGGUGGAGAAGACUGAAGAGGCAGAGAAUCAGACUCCCAUGGAGACCACCACAGUGGAGAGCACUGCAUGAUGAAUACCUCAUAAGGGACUGUACAUAUUUCCAUCUUUUUGUUUUGAGCAUUUUUUUUGUAAAACAGAAAUGAAAUAAAAAGCGUCUUUAUAGUGA